CUCUAUCCAACCCUGAAGAAAAAAGUGGAUUAAUCAAAGAAAAAAACAACAUCUAGUAAACUUUUUCGCCAUUCUCUCUUCAUUACCUUUCGGUUUCAGUGUUUGUUGAGCAAGUUAGGUUUCCCAAACCUUCCAUCUUCCCCUUUUUUCUUUUUCUCUCUCCUCUUCUUCCCUAAUCAAAACAAUCUCCACAAUCCCAAUUUCUAAUUAAUUAUGUUGAUAUCUAACGAUUAGGGUUUUGAUCCUGUGAUGCUUGAUUCGAGUCAUAUUUGCAGCUAUUGUGUCCUUGUUUUCAUUUUUUAUUGUUGGAUAUGCAUAUAGAGGAUUUCGAAGUCGACGAGGUGUUGGGAGGUGAAUCGGGCGAUAAGCAAUCUUGUGUCGAUGAAAAUGGUGGUUUUACGACUAGGGUUUCUGGAAAUGAUCAAAAUUGGGAUACAAAAAGGGUAGUAGUUGGAGCUGGUGCUCGUGUUCUUUUUUAUCCUACUUUGUUUUACAACGUUGUUCGGAACAAAUUUCAAUCCGAGUUUCGCUGGUGGGAUCGGAUUGGUCAGUUUGUGUUGUUAGGUGCUGUUCCAUUCCCAAGUGACGUUUUACGGUUGAAAGAGCUCGGUGUUCAUGGAGUGGUUACUUUGAAUGAGCCUUAUGAGACUUUAGUCCCCACAUCCCUUUACCAUGCUCAUGGUAUUUAUCACCUUGUGCUUCCUACUAGAGACUAUCUCUUUGCCCCUUCAAUGAAUGAUAUAAGCCAAGCUGUGGACUUCAUUCAUAGAAAUGCGUGUCGCGGGUGGACAACAUAUGUACACUGUAAAGCUGGUCGGGGUCGUAGCACCACAAUCGUUGUUUGUUAUCUGGUGCAGCACAAGCAAAUGACCCCGGAGGAUGCUUAUAGCUAUGUGAGAUCUAUCAGGCCUAGGGUCCUGCUUGCUCAAUCCCAAUGGCAGGCGGUUAAGGAUUAUUACCAUUAUAAGGUGAAGGGUUGUGGUUCAAAUCCAAGAAACGAUUUAAUAAUCAGAAGCUCGGCGUUUCCAUCUGUGGGAAACUUGAUUGAAUUUGAUGAUUGCUCUGUGGUGGUGGUAACGAAAUCUGAUCUUGACGGUUAUGAUUCAAGUCAGUCGAGUGUCAAAGAUGGUCAGAUUCUAGCAGAUCUGAGCGUAAUAUACAAGGUACGUGUUGCUGGUCAGGCAGCUUUCGCCAGACUUUCCUGCUUGUGGCUUCGUUGCCACACCCAGCAGAAGAUUACAGAGGAGCAGCUCCUCAGGAAGGGCAGCUGCACCAUCAGGGCGGACCAGAUAAGUAGUAACCUUACUGUAGACAUCCAUGUGUAUUAAGAUGAUGAUGGUCUUGUAUUUACUCCAAAAUCAAAGAUGUUUGAUACCCUCUACUAUUUUCUGCCCUGGUAAAUAUGAGAAGGCUAAUAAAACUUCUGGGUUCAAUAA